AUGGGACUUGCGUGCAGAGUGUGGAGCCCAGCUGGAGGCGGGAAGAUCUGCCCCCGGUUCGGUGGUGUGUUGGUGACGAUCGUCGCCCCGAAGGAUCAAUGGUCCCCGGAAACCUCUGGAGCCCAUACGAUUAGGAUGCGGUUUGCGGGAGAACAGGCCGUCAAGGGUCACAUCGCCUCCGAGAUGAUCACGGAUGAGCAGGGCAAUCGGCAGGCGUUCGUCUAA